GUUUGGUCUCUUCACCUUUUUCUUUGUUGCUUGUUUAUGUUUUCUGUCUUACGUUUAUGUUUUCUGUCUUACCUUUUUUCCUUCCUUUUUUUAUUACUCCCCUAUUUCUUUGUAUCCAAAUGGAAGGGGGUUUCUUGGAUUCUGCCAUUGUUGCUUCGGUUGCGAAGGCCAUUCCUAGGGUGGAAGUAGAUCCUGUUGCUGAAGUUCCUCCUACCGUCAUUGGUGCUCCGGUAACUUCUUCUUUUGCGACUACCAGCUCAUUUCCCGUUGGUUAUGCUACUGUUGAAGCAAUUGUUCCUUCUUCCAAAUCAGAAUAUUCCCAUUGCCCCUCCUUUUCCAAUGGGGUUUCCUGCAAUUUUGUUUUCGUGGGAUGGAAAAUCUGCUUUGGAUCACUCAAAGGUGAUGUUGAAGCUAUAUGUUGCGUAGAAGUGAGCGAAGAUGUGUAUAGCCAAGACCUUAUUCUUAAAGCUAUGUUCCACUUAGAAGUGGUUUUUAGCAAUGCAAAAUGAAUCUUUGCUUUUAGGGUGCACAAGAUUUUAGGUCCUUGGAACUAAGGUUCCAUUGGGAUGAUUGGGCUUGAAAGCUCUAUUUCCCAAAUUUUCUUUGUAGAGGUACGAACCUUCUCAGUUUAGGCACAACUUUCCUUCUUUGGAAUGUUUACCUAAGACCUCAGUCUUUUGCAAUAUCCCAAUUUGUUUAAUUGUUUUUCCUUUGUUUUCAAAUUGUGCUUUGAUCAUGAUCUUUUUCUUUCUGAAGUCUAUGCUUAGUUAGAAGUCUUUGAAAGCUUUACUAGCGAUAUCUAGUUCGUAAUAAGGAUCUUUGGUACUCUAAUCCUACGUGUAAUGUGUAUUCUUUUGAAUUCUUCGAUUUCCUCUUUUGUUGUUUUAGCCACAACUUCAUAUGUAGAGGAUUUGAUGGCCGACGUUAAGUUUGUGGAAACCUUACUCUCCAUGCAAACAUUUCUUUAUAAUCUCUCAAACAUUCCUCCAAACGUGCUGUAAACUUAGCUCUAAUAUCUAUUGUACUCUCAAGUUUCUCUAAGUCCAAUAUCACCGGUUUCAUAUAAUCAUCAUGUUCUGUAUACUACUCUUUUAAACCUCCAUUUAUGUCCAUUUCUGUCUCAUAUCUCUUGUUAGACUUGUGCAUCCUAUAAUUGAAUUCCUAUGCUCAAAACUUUUUGGCCUAUGUAACCUUCUCCCAAAAGUUUCUCAAGAAAAAGGUUAGUUUUCU